AUGCGCCCCAGCUCCACGAACCUCCCAGCUAUCGCCCUUGCGCUCCUCGCGACCGCGCUGGGCGCACCCUCGCCCCCUCCGCUCUCCAUCGCCGAGGUCCACAAGCGCCAGUCACCCGGCGCUGGGAGCCUGUACGACUAUGCGCUCGCGAACGCGCACGACGGCGGUGGCUUCAUCCCUCUACGGGUCAAGGUCGCCGCGGACGCCGGCAGCGGGUCGGGGAAUGCGAACGUGGCGGACAUUGGGGGCAACCUGACCGCCCAGGAGACGGCUGCAGCGUCGCCGUCGGCGCUGCCUGCAUCGGAGUCGACAUCGGCGUCCCCGCCCCCACCGCCUCCAGAGCAAGUCACACUGCCCGUCGCCGGCACGAACGAGGACGCGCCGGGCGUCGGCACCCCGCCCGUGCAGGGCUUCGGCCUGACCAGCACCGACUACUACCAGGCCAUGAUCUCGCAGGGGAGCCAGCCGGGCCUGCCCGUGCCGGACGCUGAUCCUGCCAAGAAGUGCGAGUACACCUUCUCCAACGUGCUCGGCGGCGGCGGGACCACGGCCCUCGGCGAGCUGUGGGCGCUCGAAGACUACGUCAACCUCGUUCCGGCCGACGUGCAGCAGGGCGGUAUUGGCGACUGCGGGAUGGGCGCGGGCAUCAUGGCGCUCGUGACCUCUGGCUACCUGAAGCACUUGAAGCGGAGCGUCGUCAAGAUGUUCGACCGCCCGAAUGCAGGCGACAAGACGAUCGCGUUCAGCUUCCGUUCGGGAGGCAAAACCGACAUUGUGAUCGUCGACGACUCGCUCCCCAAGCUGUCGAACGCGAACACCCGGUGCUGGGACUACCUGGGCUACCAGCCCGUCAAGGACGCGGCCAAGCCCGCAGCAGACGGCAGCUACCCGCCCACGCCCAUCUUCUUCAUGCCGCUGUUCGAGAAGGCGUUCGCCAAGUGGCUCGACUACCGCGACGAGCUGCGCAGCUCGACGGCAAAGGGCGCCAAGGGGACAGGAUACUCUGGCCUCGUGGGCGUGCGCGCCGAGAACGUCAUGGCCGCCGUGGUCGGCGGCACCCCGAAGGACGUGUACCGCCAGAACCCGGGCUACGACGCCGGGCUGCUGUUCGCCGCCUUCCGCUGCCUGCAGAGCGACACGCCGUGCGUCAUCGGCACCGUGCCGAUCGACAGCAUCGGUUACCUGGGAAGCAAGGACGCGACGGGCACCAUCAUCCUCCCCAAGGCGGGCGCGCCGGUCGUGUACGUCGGCGACCAGACGCCGCAGAACCACAAGACGUACACCGUCAUCGACUUUGACCAAGUUACCAACGGGCGCAGCACGCUCGUCCAGCUCGUCGGCAACCACGCGUAUGCCAUCGACAAGACGCGCAGCACCGACCCCGCGAAAGGGUGGGCUGCGGGCCACGUGACGCUCAUCAACCCGUGGCAGGUCAACCCCGACUACUGGAAGGACAACACGGGCAGCGGCGUGUGGGGCACCAAGCCCGAGGUGGUGUUGAGCUUCCGUGCGUUCAGUCUCGUCAUCAACUCGGUGCACUGGGUCGAGGACAUCCCGGCGUUCUAG